AUGGCGGAGCUUGGAUUGGCAAUAUUUGCCACAAUAGAUCUUUGCUUCAAACAAGGGAAAACGCUUGUGGACUUGUGCCGGGCUCUGCAAGGUGCCAAAUCCAAGGUUGCUGAGAUAGCACUCGAUAUCGAAAGGCACUGGCUGCAGACCAAAUUGAAGCUAGAGUUCCUCGAGAAAAUAAACGAAAGCAUGGACGAAGAACAUCGAGAUAUCCAGAAUCGUACUCUCCUUGUGCUGGUAGAGAAGCUGAGUGCUGCAAACACCACGCUCGAUAAGAUCGUAACCAGAACCCCCAAAGAUACAGAUAACUCACCGUCUCUUGGUGUGAGCAAAUGGCGAUAUCUUUUAUACAGAGAAAAUCUGGAGGAAGCGUUGAAAGAGCUGGAAGCCUGGCAGCAAAAGUUUUUUGACCCCGGCUGGUAUCUGACAUUACGAAUUCCGAAUCCUCAGAUAGACAUGGAACUAUCUAAAGGAUUGGAGAGCUCGAAAAGUGGCCAGGGACAGGCCCUUAUGCCGCGUGCGCAGAAUCUCAGGAAUGCGACUGUACGGGAUGUGCCCGCUCGGAAUAUUUUUCUAGAUGCCACAGGCUUAGAAUCAGCUCGAGUUUUAAACAUGCAGUUUACCUCAGCCAAGAUGGUUCAGCGGCAUGGAAGCUCGCAUUGGCUCGUCAUCGAUGAGAUAUUCGUUAAUCCACGAGCCGACAUUACACGCUUGACAAGGGACAUACGGAACCUUGCUUCCAAGCUCUCUGGUGCCGACCCAAGAACUUUUGGUUUACUCACAUGUUAUGGGGUAGUACCUAAGCCCAAUCGCCAGCAACCCACUUCGUUUGCUAUGAUCUUCAGAACACCUGAAUACACUACAGACGGAGAGACGCUUCGCAAGCGUUUAGUGGCAGGUCAGAUUGACCAUUCCCUGUCUGAUCGGCUUGAGAUUGCAAAAGAUUUGGCCCGAUCGGUUUUCUAUAUCCACGCACAUGGAUUCGUACACAAGAAUAUCCGACCAGAAACAAUUCUGCUACUUCGAAAAGAUCCAUCUGAUUUUGGAUCUUCCUUUCUCUUGGGACUUGAGAAUUUUCGCAACGCAGAUGGUGCCUCUAUGAGAUACGGCGACUUGGAUUGGGAGAGAAAUCUAUAUCGACACCCCCGUCGUAUUGGGUUGACUCCACAGGAUGAUUACAUCAUGCAACAUGAUAUUUAUAGCCUUGGUGUUUGCCUACUAGAACUUGGAAUGUGGGAGACGUUUGUGCAAUAUGAUAAGGAAGACGCACCGUACCCAUCAUCCUUACUAAGAAUCGAAGUUGAUCAACCGGGAGCACUUAACUCGCUUCAAGGCAAUUUAGUCUCAAUUUCCCGGGAAAUUCUUCCAAAGCGCAUGGGAACUAAAUAUUCGCGAAUUGUGGAAACAUGCUUGACAUGUCUUGAGGAAAACAAUGCAGACUUUGGCGACGAAAGGGAAUUUGACGACGACGUGGGGGUUAGAGUGGCUGUGCGAUACAUCCAAAAGGUAUUUCCUCUUCUCUUUCCUGAAAAAAAUUACCAUUAA